UAUCUCAUCGGCGGGAGAAUACCAAAUAAUACCACAGAAACUGCAACACGUGCGAGUUUCGCUCGCUCUCUCUCUCUCCGAACAGUAAAUAAUUUACAAUUUGCUUGGGAUUUCUAAAUAUUUAAACAGAAUGGUUAAAGUUAAAAGAAACGCGGUUAAGAACGACGCAAAAAAAGCGGCUCGAAAGGACUCUACUGACUCUGUUGUAGAGCAUGACUCUCCGGACGAGGAUCAGAGUGACUUGGAGCAGGCUAUUUCGAGUACUGACGAUGGCUUUGAAGAACCUUCCCCUGUUAGGAAGGACCCGCAACCCACAUCUGCCUCCCAGUCCAAGCUGAAGCCAAAGAAAAACAAAUUCAAAGAUGAGGCCAAAAACGUGAAGCCUCCGACUCUAGAGGAGAUGAAGGAGCUCCGCGACACCCGCAACUUGUUCCACUCCAAUCUUUUCAAGUUGCAGGUGAAGGAAAUGCUGGAGGAGCUGCAGUUGAAGACCAAGUAUUCAGAGUUUAUUGAGCACUGGCUAGAAUCCUUCACGGCCUUCGCCGCACAGCUUAAAGACGGGCUGAUGGAGGGAUCCAACUUGGAGGUACCCUUGAGGCUGUCGCAGAAGGCAACAGGCUUCAUGUUUUCCAAGCCAACGAGGGAUCCAUAUCUGAUCGGAGCCGCCUCCACCGGAACUCUUUUGGGCCCCAAAAUUGUAGUGGAUGUUGCUCUGGAAAUGCCCAAAGAAUCCAUUCACAAGGAAGACUACAUUAAUCUGCGUUACGAUCAAAGGAGGGCACUCUACCUGACCUAUGUCACGGAGAGGAUGCGAGAGUAUCCGGAGUACGCCCAGGACCUAUUUUCCUUCAAUUAUUUCGCAAACAAUCCCUUGAAACCCGUCUUGGAGCUAACGCCAGCGGCCAAACAAGUGACGAAGCACCUCCAGAUACGGCUCUUUAUAACGGCACCCCUGAACAGCUUUAAGCCGGGCAGGUUUGUGCCAUGGAACAAUAACAUCAGGCCCGCCUUUUACAAAGAUGAGUGGGACGAGGAAGAGCCAUUGCCCUCCACGCAGCACUAUAACGCGAACGUGCUCUUUGACCUGACCCUGAGCGAGAAUCAGAAGCACUUGGAUCAAUUCUUCAAGGGCAAGCGCAAUUUCCAAGACGGUCUGUUGCUCCUUAAAGUGUGGCUGCGGCAACGGGAGUUAAAUGUGGGAUUCAGUGGGUUUGGCGCCCACAUCUUGGGCUCGUUUAUUGUCUACCUGAACCAGCAUCGCGUUCUGCAUCAGUCCAGCAGCAGCUACCAAGUGGCCCGAACUGUGUGGAACCAACUGGCCAACACGGAUUGGACCAGUGGUAUCAGCCUGGCCCCCACAGGUCUGAAAGCUGAUGAUAUGGAAAAGGUAGCGAAGCACUACGAUGUCGUUUUCCUGGACGUCACAAAUCAGUACAAUUUGUGCGCCAACAUUCCACUCCACCUCUACCAGAGGGUCCGGGCCGAGGCCAAGUUGGCGGUGGAUCUCCUUAACGACACAAAGAUAAACAGCUUCCCGUACAUUUUCAUGCAAAAGUGUCCACUCUACAGUCGAGUGGAUAACAUCCUGAAAAUUACAAACUAUUCGUGUGUGGAACAAAUGCUGCUGCUGCACUCCAAGCCCCGAGUUAAGUACGAUUACGCCGAUUACGGAUACCCUCAGUUGUUGCAACUGCUAACAGAGCUUCUACAAAAAGGCCUCUCCGAGCGAGUUCAGGCAAUUCUACCCUUGGAAACGGCGACGGUGGCCUGGCCCGUGGAGAGUGAAGCGCCAGCUAUUGGAAAAUAUAUCCAACUGGGAUUCAUACUUCAUCCAGAUCACGCCUACGAGGUGCUCAACAAAGGACCCGCCGCCAACGACGACCCAGAGGGUGCCGCGGAGUUUCGGCGCUUUUGGGGCGACAAGUCCAACCUCCGACGCUUCCAGGAUGGCAGCAUAACCGAAGCUGUCGUUUGGGGAACCGCCCAGGAUGCCCCUUUCAAGAAACGAUUGAUAGUCCGACAAAUAGUCCUGCACUUGCUGGAACAUCACCUACAGGUGGACAGCAAGGACGUGCAAUAUAUCGCCAGCGAGUUGGAGCAGGUCUACCGAUUGUCUCCUUGGUUCAAGGUGGCCCACUUGAAGACUAAGCUGCCCAUCGAGCAGGAAACUGACUCGGAGGCACUUAGCCCGCAUGUUAUUCGGUGCUAUGACGAGUUGGCACGGCAACUUCACGGCCUUGACGAACUGCCUCUGGAAAUUGUAUCCAUUUCGGGUACCUCGCCAGUCUUUCGGUACUGUGAGCCGCAGCCGGUGUUGCCGCAGGCGCGGCUUAAAGGCGACCACAUCCUCGCCACUCAGGUGCAACAGGUGGUCAUACAGCUGGGCCAGAGCGGCAAGUGGCCCAGUGAGUUGACGGCCCUGCGGGCUCUCAAAACUGCUUUCCUGAUUGAAAUUGGAGAAAAGUUGGAGGCACAGUUCCGCCUGAAAUGGUCAAUCACAUCCGAGGGUCUGUUGGUCCUGAAACAGGGCUUCUGCUUCAUGAUCCAGUUGGCCCACAGCAAGGAGUUGGCGCUGGUCAAGCAAGCGGUCACAGACCGGGGUGUGACGACGUACGUGGAUAACCCCGAAAGUCGAGCCUUGGAACGGGAGCAUCACAUCCUUCCCAAGGUGAGCGGUGCCCUGCACUCGCUCCAUCAAACGCACUCUGCCUUCGGUCCUACGGUUCUCCUGGCAAAGCGCUGGAUAGCCACUCAGCUUCUGGAUGAGGGCUUGUGGCCAGCUAUGGCCACUGAGUUGCUGGUGGCGCAUCUCUUCCAGCAACGCCAUGCCCCCCAGCCCAUUGCCUCGCCCCAGGCUGGCUUUAUUCGUUUCCUCCAACUGCUCUCCCACACUGACUGGACCAGCGAACUGAUCCUGCUCAACUUCAACAACAGCUGGCAGGAACAACAAAUUGCUGAUCUGGAGAAUAGUUUCCGCACUGAUCGCCAGAGCUAUCCACAUUUGGUCGUGGCCACUUCCUACGAUCAACAACAUGCCGGUCGCCUCUGGACUUCCGAACAGGCACCCAACCGGCCGGUGCUCGGUCACGUUACUAAGCUGGCACGUCACUCUUUUGAGAUGAUUCAGACUAGUCUGAUGUCUAAGGACCUGAGAUUCGUGCGUCCCGCCCAACUGUUCCGAGCUUCGAACGAGGGUUACGACUUGGUCAUACAGCUGAAGCCCGAUCUGGUUCCAAACACUCUGUGCUACGACCUCGGAUCUCCAUUUGUGUCCUUUGGCCAGCCCAAUUUCCAGAUUCCUCUGGCAGGAGUGGAUCGUCUGGCGGCCGUUGUCAGCCAGUUGAGGUCAGCGUACUCCGACUUUGCCGCCUUCUUCUACAAUCCACAUGGCGGCAAGGAACUGGCAAUUAUGUGGCGCCCACCUUCUGAGUUCGCGCCGAAGCCAUUCAAAGUGAAUGAGGUGCAGGCGUGCACUCCAUGUGACAAUGGCAAGGUCCAAGUAAACAGGGAGACGCUUCUGGAGGACUUCAAGCUGUUACUUAAAGACUUCUAUCUGCGAAUCGCCACUCCUGAGGAGUUGCGACGAGAACAGCGUGAGCACCAGCAGCCAAAGAGGUACUUUAACAAUGAGAAGGAAAAGGAAACGGAGAAGGAUAGUCCCAAGCCCAAAAAGCAGAAGCUUCAGGGAUCAGCAAAGACUACUCCUAAGACAAAAAAGCAGAAGCUUCAGGGAACCGUAAAGACUACUCUUAAGCCUAAAAAGCAAAAACUGAAUGCUCCUGUAACGACGAAACUCCCUAAACAGAACCGAACCAUAAAGGCCUCGACCCUAAGUGCUUCUAAUUAGUUUUGAAGAUGACCUUCUUGUAUAAAUAGUUGUGUAGCUUAAGUCCUUAUUAAAUAGAUAAUUUUUAAUGCCAAUAAUCAACUAUUUAAAAAGCAGA